AUGUAGUGGAGGUCGCAUCAAACAUCGGCAUGCUGCAGCUGGCUGCGGACCCCGUGUGGAUAUUAUACUCGUUUUUUCCCCUCUUGGGAAUGUUAUGUAGUAGUUGUAUGAAAUGAAAACGGAUACAAAUCUCCAAUGGGAUUUAUCUUGUUUUUAAAAAAAGAACGUCUGUUUCUUUGACAGAUAACAUCAGAUUUGUAACUCUGCUGGAUUGCAGGAGUGUUCCUCCUCAUCAUGCCGCUGUCAGAUUUCCUGGACAGCCUGAAGGACAACCCCUACUUCGGGGCUGGUUUCGGCUUGGUCGGGGUCGGGACGGCCCUGGCAGUGGCCAGGAAAAGCGCCCAGGUGGGGAUGAUCUUCUUCCGGAGGCACUACAUGAUCACCCUGGAGGUGCCCAGCAGGGACAAGAGCUACCACUGGCUGCUGAGCUGGAUCACCAAGCACGCCCGGCACACGCAGCACCUCAGCGUGGAGACCUCCUACCUGGCGCACGAGAGCGGACGAGUUCACACGCAGUUUGACUUCCACCCCAGUCCUGGGAACCACAUCAUCUGGUAUGGGAGGACAUGGAUCAGGGUGGAGAGGACCAGAGAGAAGCAGAUGGUGGAUCUCCACACUGGAACUCCAUGGGAAUCUGUCACUUUUACUGCUUUAGGCAGAAACAAAGAAAUCUUCUUUAAUAUUUUACAAGAAGCAAGGGAACUGGCUCUGAAGCAGGAAGAAGGAAGGACAGUCAUGUACACAGCCAUGGGCGCAGAGUGGAGGCCCUUUGGGUUUCCACGGCGACGCAGGCCCCUUACCUCUGUGGUACUGGAGGCCGGUGUAGCUGAAAGGAUCGUAGAUGACGUGAAAGAGUUCAUCGGAAACCCCAAGUGGUACACAGAUAGAGGCAUUCCUUACAGAAGAGGAUAUCUACUGUACGGUCCCCCGGGAUGUGGAAAGAGCAGCUUUAUCACGGCAUUGGCAGGUCAGCUCGGCUACAGCAUCUGUCUGAUGAGUCUGAGCGACCGGACCCUUUCGGAUGACCGUCUGAAUCACCUCCUGACUGUGGCGCCGCAGCAAAGCAUCAUUCUGUUGGAGGAUGUGGAUGCUGCCUUCGUGAGCCGAGAGUUGCUUCCUACUGAGAACCCUCUGGCCUACCAGGGGAUGGGAAGACUGACCUUCAGUGGUCUGCUCAAUGCACUUGAUGGAGUGGCUUCAUCUGAGGCCAGAAUAGUUUUUAUGACCACCAACUAUAUCGACAGGUUAGACGCAGCGCUCAUUCGACCCGGCCGUGUUGAUCUGAAGCAGUAUAUCGGACACUGCACCCACUGGCAGCUCAGCCAGAUGUUCCGGCGGUUCUACCCGGACGAGCCCACCUCGGAAGCAGAGCGGUUUGCGGACCUCGCCUUAGCCGUCGACUGUGAGAUCAGUGCCGCUCAGGUGCAGGGACACUUGUUGCUGCACAAAAAGGAUCCUGCAGGGUCCAUAGACAAUGUAGCCCAACUAAAAGGAUGACGGGACCGGAGGAGGUUCAGAGACUGAUUAUUAAAUAAAGAGAAAUAUGAAA